CGUGCCAUAUUAGUGACGUCCGCGUGUGGGUAGGCGUGACAUGGGCCUUGCUAGGGUCGAUACCAGAGGCGCUUUCGUGAGAGCGGCAAGAGGUUUGAUUAGCAGCGUGUUGUCGAGGGCGAUACGGAGCCUGAGGUUCCGAGGCGAGGGGCGCUACGCAUAGUUGGUCCAUCCAUCUUGAAGAGGACGCUCACAGGGUCGCGAACCGCAGGGACAUCUCGUCCCCGCCGUCACGCACACGGCCUCCUGCAUCGCACACUCAGGCUGGCCGCGACUCAAUGGAACGACCGACAGGCAUACGUACCCUGUCCAGUGCGGUGCGUUGACGAAUGCUGGAAGCAUGGCUGGCCAUGGCAUGAAAGCUCCCACUCGCGGCAAUCACCGUGCGGUUCAUCACAGCCUCCCUAGUAAGUACUGUAGUAUUGUGUGCAUGGCCUCGGUGCGUCCUCGAGACCCCCUCACUGUUUGCACCUCCCUCAUAACACACACAUCGACGUCGUAUAUCCCUAGGGUGCGAGCGUCUCAGAUGUCCGGUCUCCAGCCUAGUCUUUAUUCCCCUCCUCCCGACGACAACUCGCACGCAUGCUGGGAUGCUGACGGACAUAUUGAUGUCAGUCGGAGCAGCGUCAAUGAACAGGAUGUCAAUGGAUCGAGUGCCAGUGGACAUCGGAGUGACGAUGACCAGAGCGAAGAAGAAUCCGAUACCGAUGAAUGGAGGCCCACGUGGGGGUUCGCCCGUUUGGAAGGCACCCUGCCGCUGGCCCUCUCGGCUCGCAUCCCGCUCGAGGUCUUCAUGCUGAUCAUCGACGCGAUCAGGCAUCAGCCUACGUUGGCCGCUGUGGCGCUGGUCUGCGCAUUGUGGUACCCGCGGGCGAUGCGCAACCUCUACCACACCGUUCAGAUUCGCGACCGCACCAGCUUCAACAUGCUUUUCAAGCACUGUCACGCAUCUCCCCGCGUCAGGCAGUGGCUCGCGAGCACAUGCACGCUGGUGACAGACGAGCAGGACAAUUUGGCUUACUGCAGGUACCUUGACAGGCAUAGCUUCGAGGACGACGAUGCAGAUGAAGACGAAGAGGGGAGUAUGGAAGACUCGGACGAGGAGACGGAGGAUGAAGACAGGAGCAUAGAAUCCCCGCAGCAUGGAAACAAGAUCAAUACUGGCAAUCACUUCCUUCAAGCAUUAUCGUUCGCGCUUGCCGGUCUAAUGCCUCGUGUACGCACCCUUCGCAUCCGGAAUGCAAGACUUCGUUUCAUCCGCCCAGAUUUCUUCGUCGCCCUGUCUAGGUUCAAGUCUGUCCAGUCGUUGACGCUUUGGGGCUGCCGAUUGAACAACCCAACACAGCUGUGGCGGAUUGUGUCUGCCUUCCCUCAGCUUACAGACCUCACGAUAGAUGUUCGGUUCUUCCGGCAAGCUGCUGCCAGUUACGCAGGAGCCUCGCUAAUUCAGGCACCAUCUCACAUACGUCUUCGAUACCUUGACAUAACGAUGCGCGAACUUGAAGAACGUAUGGCAGUGUUCGUUGACUGGAUGAUGCAUUCAGGCCUCUGCACCUUGCUUGCGGACCUGAAGUUUCAGUCCGACGGUCCCUCUCUGGUGCCGUCCCCUGUCAACAAGCUCCUCAAAACGGCAGGGCCAUCAUUGUACAGUUUCUACGAGAGGACCUGUGAACCUGGUACAUUGCCCUAUUACUACAAGAGGAUCGAUGGAACCAAUGACCGUAAGGCGCCCUUUGUCUUGCUUAGAGACUUCGCCGCUGAUGCACAUGUGCAAUGUAGGUAUUCACGGGAAUCUGUCGCAAAACAUCGCCUUGCGAUUCUUGGACGUCCGCCUGUGUCCCAUAGAAUGCGGCUACAACAAGCCUCAGAGCACAGAUUGGACCAAAACAAUCGACGAAUUACACAGCAUCCUCUCCACUAUCCGAAGCCGUCAGCUCGAGCACAUCCAGUUCCAUGCUUGGGUUGGCUGCGAAGCCAUACGUCUCGACUCUGAGUCUGAGCAGCCCAGCGUUGUCCUCAAAGAGCUCGACCUGCGGGACCUGCAUGGGGUCAUGAGCCGGCCACACUUCGAUACAUUGAAGCAUGUCGGGGUGAAGAUGUACAGGUUGUGUUACCCCUAUACAUUCGUGGAUGCAGCCGGCCUCCGUGAGAUGCUCGAGCUCAUGGUCCGUGGCAUAUUACAGCCAUGGUCUGCCAGUGGCAUACUCAACGUUACCUGC